GAGGAGGUCACUAGUUUUAUGGUCUUUCCUUUUCUAGGUCCUAUUUGAGCCACCUUUUAAUCCUGUGUUUGGUUUAAACUGGAUGGUUAGAACUGAUGCUUUUAUAAGGAGAGGAUUGUGUUCUGUGUGUGUAAAUUGAAGGUCUCACAAGAGGUCUAGGAAUGUAAAGAUUUACAGCCCCCUGAGAGUUGAGCCUUAGAUCCCACAAAGCCUCAGGCUGUGGCUCCACCUGUGCACCAAACAUAAUGACCAUCCAGGUACUCACGAUUAGACUCUGACUGUCAUUCAAACCAAAUGUCCAGUUUCUUUAAACUUCUAUCUACGUGAAGUUCCAGAAAGAUUUACUCGCUGAAUAUCUGCAGAGUCUCAGCCACAACUUCUGGUGCGCUGACUUACCCCCCUCUUCCUCUUUUUCCUAGAUGCCCCUUUGUUGUAUUAAAACCAGCUUUAUUUUCCAGAAACAUCUGGCUCUAAUUAAAGUUUUCCCCUCCCUCCCUUCCCCCUCACUAACGUCAUCCCCCCUCAUGGCUCUUUUGUAGCUGUUGUUAUCCCCUCAGCAUCUCUGUCUGACUCUUUAUCCAUUCUCGAACUCUCUCCCCCUUGUUAUUUCUCCCUCACUCAUUUAUUCUCUCCGCCCAUCCUGACCGAGAGGCCUCCUCCUCCUCCCCCGUCUAUCCUUCACCUCUUGCCUCCUGCUACCAUCCCUCUUUUCUGCAAUAGUCUGCUCUACUUUUUGUGCACGCUGCAUCAUGAUGCAUGUGGGCAGCAUCUGGGGUCUUUCCUUGGUCCUGUGUCUGGGUUUAGGAUGGACGAAGGCUCAGCAGAGCAACUUCACCAGGUGAGUGUCCUUUACUUCAACAGCUCAUCCAGCACAACAACGUUUGAGCUGAAGUCAGCUAAGUGGCUUUACAGCAGGCUGUAACAUAAGAGUAAAAGGCCCUCUGUGAGAUUUUUUCCUGUCUCUGUAAGUACAUUCCUUCCACUUCACUGUGUGAUUGGGCACAGAGUUGUCCUGUCGGUUUUUGGCUCAUGAUGUGAAGCACGCUGAGUCUACAGUGGCCCAACCAGAUGUUAGCUUUGGGUUCUGCCUGUGGGGUCGAAUCAGAGCAACUUGGCUCCGGCUCUGGACAUCUUGGCUCUAAUCAGCAGGCUUGUGACUUUGCUGGGGAUCUGCUGUCUGAGCCUGUAGUUAAGAGGGAACUUUUUUUUUUUUUUUUUUUUCCAACGCAAAAGUACAUGUUUGUUUCUCCAGAGUAGGGGAAUAACAGAUGGAUGUUUCUCAAACUUUAUUCUCUCUUGUAAAAGAUCUCAAAAUACUUUAACAACAUAAUUCCUGCAUUUGAGCAAAAACAAAACAGACAAAUCCCCACAAACACACUGUUUAAUAGCAUUUCAAUAUUUUCUCCUUGGCUCACAUGUAUGAUAUGUAAUCAAAUCUAAUGUGUCCCUGUUGCCUUUAAUCAGAAAUUUUCUCUUCUGUGGACUGAGUUUCCAUAUCCACUGAGCUCUGUGGAUGUUUGGAAAGCAGCAGGAUUUAUCACAUGAGGUGACAGUAACUCUGAAGCUGGAUUAUCCCGUCAGCUGCAAAAAAUGCUUGUGUGCUUGUUAAGAUAAAUUGAGCCACAGAUAUUUUUUGUAAUUCCUCUGUAUUUUUACGACUCCUCAGCAUCCCUCCUCUUCUAUUAAACCAUGGCAGUCAUCCAAACUGGCAUUUUACUUGUGAGCGGUGGCAUAAAUUCAUGGUAAACAGAGUCUGGACAGUGAUACCCAUAUGUCAUUUUGACACUGUCACCGGGCAAUGUCAUCAAGCUUUCAGUAACAUUUUCUGAGUUUCCACAGUGCUAAAGAUGUGGGUGUAGAUGAAUUCAGCUUUUUAAUGUUUGUCUAAGAGUUGCCAAACCUCAAAGUGGACAGCUCAUUGAAAUAUAUUUUCCAUAACUUUUAUUUGCUUUGCUAUUUCAGAGAUGUUGUCACGUACUUUCCCACUCACUCCAGCCCACCUUUAGCUUCCUGCCUCUUGAGCAAGCUCCAAAAGUCAACAACCAAUUUUAAACUAUUAGCAAGUCCAACCAACAUCCAACAUCAGAAAAUAUUCUGAACGAACCAAUGAAAGUUAUAAUUACAGUAAAAAGACACACUUGGAUUCUAAAGCUUCAUAUCAACAAAGCUGCUACUGCUAAAUUCCCGCUAUGGGAAAUUGUUAGCUAUUCGUUAGCCUUACAUUGAAGAGCCAGAGUUAGCUAGCUGGUGACAACAGAUAAAGUUGAUUAUGCUCUUUUAAGAACUUUCCUUUCUUUUGGGGACACCUUCAGAAAAAGAAAUCUACCUGUAAGGCUCUGAAUUAACCAGCUAAUAUUAGCUUAAAUAUCCAAGAGUCAAGACCUAAACAAACCAAGCUAGCUUAAAAAUGAGCCCCCGCCAUUUUAAAUUGCUGAGUCAUUGUUUCAUUUCUACCAAUUUACUAAUUUAUUGACCCACUCACUUACUGAUGGUGUGAGUGAACAGUUUACUUAUUUAUUACUCUUUAGGAUCCACACACAACAACCAGCAUUAAACUUCUCAUUUUAAAUGUAGCCCUUCAUAAAUUUUAGGCUGUGAUGUUUUAUGAUUGUGAGCAAAGGAGGGCCUGUGCUAAUUAAUCAUCUUAACCUUGCUGUGUUUUCUUGUUUAAGUGCAUGUUGCCAUACAUAACAUGGUUGUGGUUUCACUCUAUUUUAAUCUGUGGUCAGCUAAUUACAGAGUUUAAUUAGGAAACAAACUGCAACAAUAAAUGUAAUAACAUCUUGUAGGCUUAUAGCUUGUGAAUUAAAUCAAAUCCUUGGUUGCUGACAGUACAUUGUGUUAAAAAUAACACUAUUGCUCUGUGAAAUACAGUAGCCAGAGCACACAGACAGACACCGAAAACGACAAUUAAAAUACUUGUAUCUGUGGGUGUUGAGAGGCUCCGCAGACUCAUAUAACACAGUUUUAUUGUCUUUCAGAGAAACCGUGCCAGAAUCAUUGUCUUAUGUUCUACCCAUUGUGUUACUGUCUCCUUCCUGAUAGGCCGGUGUUUUACUGUGGAGGGGACCUGGUCGCAGAUUCAGGCUUUGUUGGCAGCGAGGGGUUCCCAAGCUUCUACAAACCUAACAGUAAAUGCAUCUGGCGUAUCACGGUGAGUCACUACACCCUUGAAUGUCUAAAUACUGACUCCUCAUCUGUCUGUCUCCCUGUGUUUGAGUCAUAUCCAUCUUUGUGUUUCCAGGUCCCAGAGGGCAAUGUGGUCACGCUCUCCUUCCGCAUCUUUGACCUGGAGGCUGACUCACAGUGCCGCUACGACUAUCUAGAUGUUUACAACGGCCAUUCCAACCUAGUACAAAAACUGGGUCGCUUUUGUGGAACUUUCCGGCCUGGCGCUCUUAUUUCUACCACAAACACGAUGAUGUUAGAGAUGGGGAGUGACGGAGAGACGCAGGGCAGAGGCUUUGUGGCUUACUUCAGUGGAACCAAACCAUACGUAGAUGGUAUGUGGUCACAGUUUUAUGUGGAGAUUAGGUUCUUUUUGGCCCCACUUGACCCUGCAUCAACUUACAACAAACAUAAACUAGUCCUAGAAUGUAACACAUACAGCUUCCAUUUGUUCUCUUUUACUCCCCAAACAAAGGAAGACAAAACUUCACGCUGUCAAUUUCACGUUCAGUUUGUUACUUGAUAAAACUUUCCAGGGAAGCUUGAAGUUGGUCAAGACUGGUACAACUGCCUUUUGAGGUAACGUCAGCAAACUUCAAGACAGCAACAGGUUUUGAAAAAAAAUAUUAACUAAAGAGGUUUUAAUAAUAGUUUACCCAGUUUACCCAGACCCUGUUAGGAUUAAAUAAGAUGGAUCAAUCCUGGCUUAAUGUCAACCAGAGUACUUUUCUUACCUCUCUUAAAUGACUGUGAUGUUUACAUUUUAGAGGGAAAUGGGACUAACUCUUCUCUCCACAUCACACGGCUUGUAUUUGGAUCGAGUGUUGAGAGGAAAAAUCGAGUAAAUUCCCAAAGCCUGAACAUGUGGAGGGCCUUGAAUUCUGAAAUUGAAAACAAACAACUCAUUGUAUCUAAAACAUACCAGACUUGUAAGUUUUACAUAUCAGUACCAGAUACUGCUGUCUACUUUAGACAGAAAACGGUGAAGUUUUGCAGUAAAGUCCAACACAAGUUGUAUGAAACUUGGAAACUGUGCUGACACUUUUGUAGCAGAACCAGACUGUCACUUCUCUGAAGUCAGGCCGCACAAAGACUUCACUUCUUGUAAAGCUCUUUGCCUGUAUGAAAGGAGUUAAAGAGAGUUUAAUUAUCUUCUAGUCCAGCCUGGGGCCUUUGUUACACCUCUCUAACCUUUACGCUUUCUAUUAUCUUCCCACUUAUUGUAUUUAAACGGCCCAAAUUGAGAAAGUAGACACUCAUGUUAUUUUGAAACUGAUGCAAUAAUGGGAUAAGAGAGGCCCCUUUGGCUGCAUUGCCCAAAUGUUCAUCUUCUGAAUAUCUUUGAUGCCUGCCAACAUUAAUAAUCAGGUGAAGAAAACCAGCUCUUGAUUGUGUAACUUUAAUUAAAACUUAAAUGGUGUAACAAUAAAUCUGCAGUGGAUCCAAAUCAGACUGUAGGAAUCACAAUUUCAUCAGGAGGAAAAACUGAACCCUUCAAAUAUUUAACAAAAUCUGUACUUGGAUAUUUCUUAAAGUAUGGUGCCUUUUUACCUUCCAUCACUGUGCUUAUAGAAGAACGUGUGGUUUGUUUCAGAUGAACAGUUCUGUGGUGGGAAGAUAACAAAGUCCCAGGGAGAGAUCAAAACCCCAAACUGGCCAGAUAAAAAGUACCCACCAGGAACCAGCUGCUCCUGGCUCAUCACUGUGGAGCCUGAUAUGGUCUGUGGAAACUUUCACUCCUGACAACAUGACAACUUUUCCUUUUAACAAUGUUUACACUUAAAAAACAAAACACCAUGUGAAGUCCUUUAUCUUUUGGGUACCAGGUGAUCCAGGUGAAGUUUGACAAGUUCGUCUUGGAGGCUGACACGUAUUGUCGAUUUGACUAUGUGGCGUUCUUUAACGGUGGAGAGAGGGAUGAUUCACGCCUGAUUGGGAAAUACUGCGGUGAUCAGAGCCCGCAGUAAGUGAUGGAUCCUGUUUUAGCUAUUUGUUGAUCCAUUCAUUCAUUUUAACUGGUACAAUCUCAGCUCUCCCCUUUAUCAUCUUCCUGUUUCCUGUCCAGACCCAUCAUCACUAGCGGCAACGUGCUCCUGGUCCAGUUUGUGUCUGACCUCAGUGUGACAUCUGACGGCUUCCUAGCCCACUAUACCAGCGUCCCACGAGGUUACCAACCAACAGAGGCAGAAACUGGUACAAGAUCAAUCCCUCAUAAUCCUCCUGUUAAACCUGCUGCACCUGAACGCACCGCUACCAUUGCACCCCCACCCGCCCCCACAGAGAGACCCAGACCAGUGAAGCCCACAAGAGGUCGUGGACAGGGCAGCACAGGCCAGGACAGAAGAGUACCUGUCACAAGGCCCAAUGGAAAGAGACCAGGUGGGUGAAAAAACCUGCAUGCUCGGCUUGUCUGGAGUUCAGUCAUCACAUGUGGCCAGGACACUAAUUAUAAGAGAUUUUUAAUCUCAAUGAGGCUUUCCUGGUUAGAUAUUAUUAAAUUAAACUUAACAUGGAUUUACUAAUAGGCAAUCACUUCACAGAGAGGCAAGGCAAAGAGUCUUCCUAACAGGCCGAGACCUCCAGCAGAACCAGACUCAUGUGUGAUUGGUCUCAACCAAAUGAGCCAAGAAAGGUAGAUAGAUUAAGAGGCAGCAAGAGGUGUAGAGGUCAAAACAUAGCAAUAGAUUAUAGACUCUUUAGAAGUGAUAAAAAUGGCAGAAAAACAAUGAUUCGCAAUAACUUGCGAAUGUCAACAGUGACAGUUUGACUGAUAAUAAUAAGUGAGUCAUUGUACAGAAGAUGAGUAUAUGUGUAAUGCAUUUCUUUAAUGUACCAUUGUAGUUGCUCAAAACCCUCUAUGUGCCAAGGCCUGCAGGAGAGAUGGAACCAUCAAGACCAGCUUCUGUGCCAGCGAAUUCGGUAAGCCUCGGACAUAUUUACAUUUAACCAACAAAUGAAAUGCUUUGUUCUCACUGAGUACCUCCUUUCUUUUUUUCCAGUGAUUACCGGAAAAGUCAGCUCUCUGGCCCCUGGUCCUAGAGGCACUCUUGUUAUUAACGUCUCCCUUAUAAAGGCCUACAAAGCAGGACGUCUGACAAUCACACAAGUAGGAGAAACCAUGUCUGUGAAGUUGGUGUCACUGUGUAAGAAGUGCCCGCUGCUCCGCAGAGGUAAUGACAUCUUGGAGUCAAACACACUAAUGCACACAUAAGUUUAUUACCAUCUACACUUAUGUGAAUAUGUAAUAAUGCUGUUUGUUUGUUUCCUUUCCAACAGGUGCAAACUACAUAAUCAUGGGUCAGGUGGAUGCAGAUGGACGUGGUACUCUGGCCCCCGGUGCCUUCACAGCUCCAUACAAAGCCCCACAUGACAAAUUAUUAAUGAACAUCAACAACCAGCCCUGCUAACCUCACAUCUGCCCACACCAGGAAGUUCAGAUGAAAUAUCAAAACACACAAACAUUACAAUGUGAAGUACAGAACUAUUGAAGCACAAUAUUAUCCACCAUUUUAAAGGAACACAUGCGAAACCUUACGUUUGUAAUUUAUAUAUGAAUAAAGGUUUUAUAUCUCAAUGGUUUGCGUGUAUAUUCACUUGUGACAGUGCAGCUCUCCUUCUUCUCCAUCCUGUCUCUUACUCCACCUAGUGGGCUUGAUGGGAACUAGCACUCAAACCAUGUGAGAAACACUCCUGACAUCAAGUUUUUAAAUGUCAACACCAAAGUUUGCUGAAUCUGAUUUAUUCUGGAGAAAAAAGUAACUUUGGUUGAGUAGCUACAAUGUCUAAAACCUAAAACCUGUCGUUCCAACACGGUGUCAUUACAAUUCAAGAAUCGAGCAUCUAAAAGCUUAUAUGUCAAAGCUGCUCUUAAUGAAAUAAACUGUAGAUGGUAUAAAAAAUGAUAA